AUGGCGAGCUACUACAUCAGGAUGCUGACGCACCUGAGAAACCACUCUGAUGUGCUGAAGUCUCACGAGAAUCUGCUGAGUCUGCUGAAUGUGACUGAAGAAGACUUGCAAUAUUUAAAUUAUAUUUCAGUGGUAGUCUCCAGCUACCGACAGAUCCACGGGUACUUCAGUCUGGUAGUUUGUGUGUUCGGAACCAUCGCUAACAUCCUCAACAUCUUGGUGCUCACUCGCAAAGAACUCAUCAAUUCCCCCAUCAACCGGAUCCUCACCGGCAUCGCUGUCGCUGACAUGCUAGUCAUGUUGGAGUACAUACCCUUCUCUACGUACAUGUACGUUCUACUUCCUCCGGGAGUCAAGCACUUCUCACACUCAGAAGCUGUCUAUAUACUCGUCCACAUGCACUUCUCUCAGUUGAUGCACACCAUAUCCAUCUCUUUAACUCUCACAUUGGCACUGUGGAGAUAUCUCGCUAUCCAAUUCCCACACAAGACUCACGCUCUGUGCUCGGACCAGCGUUGUACGACUGCUAUCACUAUGGCGUUCGCUCUGCCCGUGGUGAUCUGUAUACCAUCGUACCUGGUGUUCAGCGUGAGAGAGACCAGGGUGAUGGAACACCAGAGGGUGGUGACUCUCUACCAUCUAGACCUCAGUGAUCUUGCCAAACAGGACAACGAGCUGCUGUACACGGCCAACUUCUGGUUGUACGCAGUUGUAGUGAAGCUGUUGCCAUGCGCAGUCCUCACGCUGGUGUCCUAUUGGCUGGUCUCCGUGCUGUGGCAGGUGAACGCGCGCAAACAGCGGCUGCGCUGUGACGUGUUUCCCGCGGUAGCGGCACCGCGCGUCUACAAGCCGGAGAAACGGAUGGAUCGGACAACCAAAAUGUUGGUUGCAGUGUUACUGCUGUUCCUAAUCACCGAGAUCCCCCAGGGUGUGCUAGGCCUGCUGAGUGGGAUCCUAGGACGAUGCUUCUUCAAGAACUGCUACCACCAGCUGGGCGAGCUGAUGGACAUCCUAGCCCUGAUCAACGGUGCCAUCAACUUUAUCCUGUACUGCUCCAUGAGUCGUCAGUUCAGAGACACGUUCAGUACGAUGUUCAAGCCUCGGAUACUGGCCAAGUGUGCGCCGCACAACACAGAGGUUCAGAGCACCUACGUCUGACCAACGUCGACUCCUGCCUUCGCCGUGACUGUCACUCUAGAGCUGUCGGACGACUAAUGUGUAACCAGAUGAUUGACCGAGUGAAGGGUGCUUGAUAUAAUUUAC